AUGCGAUUAUUUACGUCAGUCUUUGUACUUGCUGAUACACCUCAAUCUCACAUCUAUGAUCCAGUGCUAGCGAGUGAAAAUUCGAUACGAGUGCUCUCUCCAAACUCUGCAAUGCCGUCUCAGAUUCAUAUCGCUUUGGCCGAUGAAGUGACGGUGACAAGCUCGAAAUCCAUUGAGAUAUCAAAGACGACGACGAUCAAGACGCUAUUGGGUGUAACGAUCUCAUGGGCAACAGCAAUGAAGACAAGUACAUCGUCGGUGCGCUAUGGAGUGUCAAAGCACAAAUUGUCGACGAUACAACAGGCCCAGAAACCCUGUGAGCAGUAUGACUUUUGCUCUUAUACGUCUCCUUGGUUACAUCAUGUGACGAUUUCAGGCGACAAGUUAGCACCAAAUACGAAUUAUUUCUAUCAAUGUGGAGACGAUAUGGGCGGGUGGAGUAUCAUUUAUUCGUUCAAGACGGCUGUACCUGUCGGAGAUGAGACACCACAGACAUUUGGUGUUAUUGGAGACCUUGGCCAAACAGUGUACUCGGAACAAACCCUUCGGCACCUCGCUAGCUACCAUUCCAAUAUGACUGCUAUCGUGUGUGCCGGUGAUUUGUCGUAUGCUGACAAUGUGCAACCACGAUGGGAUCGGUGGGGCAAACUCGUCGAACCAUUGGCUGCCCGAAUGCCCUGGAUGAUAGCACCUGGCAAUCACGAAGUGGAAACGCCAUGCCAGUCGGAAGUGAGCAGGUUUGUCGCCUACCAGUCUCGAUUCCAAAUGCCUUACAAGCAUAAGAAUGCUUUGCAACGUCGUAACCUGUACUAUGGUUUCCGCGUUGGCCUCGUGCACUUUAUCAUUCUGACACCGUAUGUCGACACUGCCCCGAAAUCAGUGCAGUACGAGUGGCUUAAGCAAGAACUUUAUCGUGUCGACCGCAUUGCUACUCCAUGGCUAGUGGUGAUCAUGCACGGGCCGUGGUAUAAUAGCAACACAGCACACCAGGGCAUGGAGCCGCACAUGAUGAUGAAGAAGCAUAUGGAAGACAUUCUCUAUCGGAGUAAGGUGGACGUGAUCAUUUCGGGACACGUUCAUGCCUACGAGCGCAGUCAUCCCGUGUACCAGGAAAAGGUUGUCGUGGAUGGUCCAAUCUACGUUGUGCUGGGUGAUGGAGGAAAUCGCGAAGGUUUGGCACCUACGUACUUUGAUCCACAGCCAGAAUGGUCUGCCUACCGUCAGGCUGAGUAUGGGUUUUCUCUAUUCAACGUGGCAAAUCGUACUCAUGCAAGCAUGCAGUGGUUUGAGGAUCAAGUAGUAGGUGACGCUAUAUUACGUGACAUGGUCACUUUAACCACCUCCAAGUACCGUUCGAGCUGA